AUGUCUUCAUUCUUUCCUCGUACUACUUUCCGAAGCCUGAGUGCGCUGUCGAAGGCUACUCCGUGGUGCAAAACUUCCGUCUCCGCACGCAUCGGCCAGCGCCUCGCUACCCGGUUUCUCACCACCCUCCCUCGAGAGCAACCGCGUCUGCGUCUCGGCUCAACUGCCCCCAACUUCCAAGCUACGACCACUCAGGGCGAGAUUGACUUCCACCAAUGGAUCGACAACAGCUGGGCCAUCCUUUUCUCCCACCCCGCCGAUUUCACCCCGGUCUGCACAACUGAGCUCGGUGCAUUCGCAAAGCUGAAGGGUGAAUUUUCUCAGCGCGGUGUUAAGAUGAUUGGACUUAGCGCCAACGACAUUGGCUCCCACGACCAGUGGAUCAAGGAUAUCAACGAGGUCACCAGCAGUGACGUCCAAUUCCCGAUCAUUGGCGAUGCCGACCGGAAAGUCGCGUUCCUGUAUGACAUGAUCGACGAGUCGGAACUGGCCAACCUUGCCGAGAAGGGCAUUGCUUUCACCAUCCGCUCCGUCUUCAUCAUCGACCCUGCCAAGAAGAUCCGUCUGACUAUGAGCUAUCCCGCAUCUACUGGCCGUAACUCCGCAGAGGUACUACGUGUUAUCGACUCUCUCCAGACUGCCGACAAGAAGGGAAUUGCGACCCCGAUUAACUGGCAGGUUGGUGAGGAUGUGAUCGUCCCGCCUUCCGUCUCUACGGAGGAUGCGAAGAAGAAGUUUGGUGAGGUCCGCGAGCUGAAGCCCUACUUGCGUUACACCAAGUACUAG